ACGUGUACAAGGUGGAUAUGGUCUUUUAAUAGGUCACGACGAAAUUAUGAAUCUGAAUUUUAACCUAGUCAGGACAUCACGAAAUAUUAUCAUGUACUCUCCAAUAAGAAUGUCAUCAACAAUUACAAUGAAGAAGAAAAAGUGGCAUGUACCAGCAUCAAAGACAGCAAAAGAUACUUUUAACCCUAUUAGGGCCAUUGUGGAUACUAUGAAGGUUCAACCUAACCCUGAUAAAAAGAUGAUAGCCCUAUCGAUUGGUGAUCCUACGGUAUUUGGUAACUUAAAUCCACCCAAAGAGACUGUGGAGGCCAUUGUGGACAGUGUUAGAGCAGGAACAAACAAUGGAUAUGCACCUUCUACUGGUUAUCUWAAAACAAAGCAGGCCAUUGUUAAGUUUUGUUCUCACCCAAAUGCWGAAGUAGAGGCUAAGGAUGUAGUCCUAUCAAGUGGUUGUUCCAAUGCAUUAGAGAUGGCAAUUGAYGUGUUGGUYAACCCAGGAGAAAACAUUCUUCUACCAUUACCAGGAUUUUCUAUUUACCAGACAAUCAGUGUCUCAAGAGGACAUGAAGUGCGCACAUACAACUUGUUGCCUGAGAGGUCAUGGGAGGUAGACAUAGAUCAUUUAGAGUCUCAAAUAGAUGAAAAGACAAGAGCAAUAGUGAUAAACAACCCAUCAAACCCAUGUGGAUCAGUCUACACCAAAGAACACUUGGAAGCAAUUCUUGAAAUUGCUGAGAAACAUAUGGUUCCGAUAAUCUCUGAUGAAGUCUACGCUGACGUAGUUUUUCCUGGGAAUACRUUCUACCCUCUGGCAGCCCUCUCAAAGAACGUCCCUAUAUUAACCUGUGGAGCCAUUUCUAAAAGAUUUCUUGUACCUGGAUGGAGGCUUGGAUGGAUUUUAAUUCAUGACAGAAAUGGAGCAUUUGAAGAUGAGGUCAGACCAGGUCUAACAUCACUAUCACAGCAGAUUCUAGGUCCAAAUACCAUCAUCCAGGCUGCAAUWCCAGAUAUCUUUUCCAAAACACCAAACAGCUUUUACGAGAAUGCUAUCAAUGUGAUGCAGAAAAAUGCUAUGAUAUUGUAUGAGGAUUUAAGCAAGAUUCCUGAACUGAUUCCAAUCAUGCCGCAAGGUGCUAUGUACAUGAUGGUUGGUAUUAACACAUCAAUGUUUGAAGAUAUCAAAGAUGAUGUUGAGUUCACAGAAAAACUUGUAGCAGAACAGUCAGUGUUUUGUUUACCAGCACAGUGUUUCAGAUACCCAAACUAUUUCCGUAUUGUUCUCACCACACCAGAAGAAAUGACAAAGGAAGCUGCUCUACGAAUAACAGAAUUUUGUGCAACUCACAAGAAGAUGUCAAACAGUGUGACAAACGGACAAAUGUCUGAUGAAGAACAUGACAAAUAACACCUGAUAAUGCAACUUUAUGAAUUUAACRCACAGGAUAUCAAGGAUGGCUAAAAGCCAAUCAAACUGCACAUGUAAUCUGACUUCAAUACCUUUUCUAGUAGUUAUAAAUACUUUGCAAAGUGUCUAUCAAUGCUCAGGUAGRUCAAAUUCUCGAUACUAGGUGUUAGUGUUACAGACAGCUGCAGAAACACCUUGAAAAAUACUAAUUCGGAUGUCUGUCCACCUACGUGAUGGAUUUGAGAUAAAUUAAGGGCAUUGUUUCAAGAGGACCCUCUAAACCCAUGAAACA